AGUAUAUGACAAUUACUCAGUCAUGUUGUGUCAUCUUCUGGCCCCUUUUACCUCCCUACACAGAAUAAAUGCAGUAUUGUGUGUUGUAUGUUACAUUUAUAUUUCACAUAGUCAAAUAUUUUUGCUUAUCUUCUUGAGCUGGUGAGAGCUGAUAUUUAUAUGGACAAUGAUGAACUCAUUUGUGGUUUACAACAGCAGAUAAGACAGCUCAUUUUAACAGUAAGCAUAUUAUGAGGAUUCAAGUCCAAACAUAGACAAGACUAGUAUUGAUUUCCUUCCUGAUUUUCAAAAAAGGGAAGUUAAACAUUCAGUGAAUGAUACUGUCCUGCAGUGUGUGUGGGGGGAGAAAUUCAUCUUAUCCUCAUUUCAGGACAGUUAUACAAUAGCCUACACACAUGCGUGGUCUUUGUUAUUUUUUCCUCUCAAUCCUGACCCAAGUGUCUUCCAGCACCUUGAAAGUCAUUGGGCACAAUGUCACUUUGCCCUGCAAGUAUGACACCCAAUCUCAGAGUGUCUUGAGUUUCUGUUGGGGACAAGAGACGGUGCCCAUGUCCAAAUGCUCCAACACCAUCCUCUCCUCCGAGGAUGGGGCUGUACAAUUCAGGCAGUCCCCCAGGUACCAGCUGCUGGGCAGGGGGACAGACGGAGACAUGUCCUUGACCAUCCUGAACGCUCAGUGGAGUGGUGCUGGUGUGUACGGCUGCAGGGUUGAGAUCCCUGGGUGGUUCAAUGACUAUAAGGUCAACACAUACCUUGUCAUGGAGGAAGCUCCCGUGGAACAACAUGUUACCGAUGCUUGGACACUUACUACUGGUGGGACACAAGAGAGAGGAUUUCUGCCGAGGAAGACACUUCAACAUCUCAACACCUCAGCUGCUGAGAACAUUUAUGAAAGCGUCCCGAUGCCUGAGUGAUGGUCAACGUUGCGAGAACAAAGGAGUUUGCAGAUUUCUAUAGGCAACUGCUUGCUGAACUUGUCAUGUGUUGACUCUAUUCACCUUUAGAACGCUUGUCUAUUGUUUAGUAGAAAAUGACCUAUGUCCCUAGUUAAUCAGAUUACAGCAUUGAAAAAAGUUUCAUACACCCUGCAGAUUAAUUGAUUGGCUUUUAUUUUCUCCCCGUCUGUUUUUCAUGGAAAAACUGAUGUCACAGACCUUAAAAGCUUGCGGAUGGUUCAGACUUGUGGACACAAUGCCACCUACUGGAUUUAAUACAUUAUUACUGGACUUCUAAUUCAAAGUAGAGAAUAGGUUUGGUUGGUUAACAGUUUGGCUGGGCAAGCUGAGAUAGAAAUGGAGGACAGUGUGGGAGAAAUGUCAAUUCAUACUGGGGUCAAGUCAAUUUUAUUUAUAUAGCACAAUAUGACAAAUCACAGUUUGCCUCAAGGGACUUUACCUGACUAUGUUUUGAAUAAAGUUGAAAGGUAACAUCUAAAUUGUUUACUGAAAAACUAUUCCCAGUAAGAAUAAAAUAAAAAGUAAAACAUGUAUGCAUUAUUUAUAUGAAUUUGUGCAACAAAGUAAGCAAAAAGAAAGAAAUCAGAUGUGAAGACAUUUUUUCUGAAUCAGUGAGAUAAAUGCUCUGAAUGAGGCUCUGACUUUGUGUUCACAGCAUAUUUCAUGGCUGAUAGCAGCAGAAAUGUGUCACUUUGCAUGAUUUAAAAUUGUUGCUGCUCUAUGGAGGUCUCUCAUUUGCAGGUGUAUAUUUUUUGUGAAUUGACGGCACACAUCUAAAAAAGAGUUGGUACUUUUGUAACAUUAUUCUGCAAUUUUCAGCAAAAUCUAAUAAAUGUAACUACCUCCUAUCA